GUUGUGCAGGAGGGUCUCGGGUCUAUCGGCAGACGAACUGCCAACGACUGGGGUCUAGAACGACACAACUCGUCAUAUUUGGGGAUCCACACUUCAGCACUUCAAGAAAAAGUCUCCUCUUUUCUCCUCAAAGUGAGACACUAUUUGCUUUUCGUAUCAGUCCCAUCUGCUUCGCUCGCCUCCUCCACUUCCUCACACGGCGUCGACUUUUCUCCUUCUUCCUGCUCGUUUGGUGGCUUGCUUAUUUUCCAGCCCGUCUUUCUGGCCUCAUCCUUAGUGCAGCCACAAUCGUAAUCGUCUUAAGCAUCAUUAUCAUCUUAAUUUGUCUCCUCUUCCCUCUUCACUGA